GGGAGGGGACGCGGGGGGGGAGCAGGGGGAGGGGACCCGGGGGGCAGGGCGGGGAAGGAGGCACCCGAGCCCCGAACAUGGCUUCCUUCCCUGCGGAUCCCGCCGCGCCCGGCCGCGGCCCGGGGGGGGCUCCCCCGCCGCCGCCGCCGCCGCCGGGCGAGUCCCGCCAACUUCUGCCAACUUUAGCGGCCGCCCCCCCGUCCCCGCCGCCGCCGGCCCCCGCCCCCGCGGGCUCCCCCCCGCCGCCGCCGCGCUUCUCCCCCGAGCAAGUGUCGUGCGUGUGCGAGGCGCUGCUGCAGGCCGGCGACCCGGGCCGGCUGGGCCGCUUCCUGGGCUCGCUGCCGGCCGAGCCGGAGCCGGAGCGGGAGCAGGAGCCGGCGGCGGGCGGGGAGAGCCUGGCCAAGGCGCGGGCGCUGCUGGCCUUCCAGCGCGGGGACUUCGGGGAGCUCUACCGCCUGCUGCAGAGCCGCCCCUUCGCCGCCCCGCACCACCCCUUCCUGCAGGACCUCUACCUGCGCGCCCGCUACCGCGAGGCCGAGGCGGCCCGGGGCCGGGCGCUGGGCGCGGUGGACAAGUACCGGCUGCGCAAGAAGUUCCCGCUGCCCAGCACCAUCUGGGACGGCGAGGAGACGGUGUAUUGCUUCAAGCGCCGCUCGCGGGCCGCCCUGCGCGACUCCUACGGCCGCAGCCGCUACCCCAGCCCCGAGCAGAAGCGGCGCCUGGCCCGCGACACCGGCCUCUCGCUCACCCAGGUCAGCAACUGGUUCAAGAACCGGCGGCAGCGGGACCGCAGCGGGGGAGGCGCCGGCACCCCCAGCAAGAGCGAGUCGGACGGGAACCCCAGCACGGAGGACGAGCUGAGCCGGGGGCCGGAGGAGACGGAGCUGGCCGUGGGGGCGCCCGCCGUGCCGGACGGGGCCGUCGCCUCCGGGAACCUCUUCUUGCCGGCGCCCGCCGGGGCCUGCUCCGGGGCCUCGUCCAUCCUGCUCAACGGCAACUUCAUCACCACGGCCGGCCCGCAGGCCAUGCUGCUGAACGGCGGCUCCGUGCUCCAGGCACCGGGCGGGGUGCUCAUCAACGGGCUGGCGCUGGGCGACAGCCAAACCAUCACCCUGAGCCCCGUGGCGUCCACCCCGCCCGUGCUCCUCAACGGCGCCGCCCUGGGGGGGGCCAAGACCCCGCCCGGCGCUGGCCUGGAGUCGCCGCCGGCCUCCUCGGCCAGGCCUGACAUCAAGGCGGAAGCCGGGGAGGCGCUGCCCUCCCUGGUGCUCGGCCCGGGCACCGUGGAGGUGAAGACGGAGGAGAGCCAGGCCGUCAGGGCCCUGUCCGAGGUGCCCACGCUCCUUCCCCUGCCCCCGGCCGCGUCCGACCCAAAGGGGGCGCUGCUUCCCGCGCCGGCCGGCUCAGUGCCGCAGGUGGUGCCGUCGGGCGAGGAAGCCCCCUGCCCGGCCCCAGCCCUCCCCCAGCCGGUGGCCUCCGGCUGCCAGAUUGUUCCCCUCUCCCAAGUGGUGCCUAGUUCUCAGCCCAGCCAGGCCCUGCCCGUGACGUCGCCUCCCCCGGCUGCCACCCCCCUCCUCCAGGGCUCUCCCCUGCUGUCCUUCCCUCCCCUGACCUCGCCCAUCCCGGGGCCAGCUCAGGGCACCCCGGUGCCCGCUGUAGUCCACGUCCCUGCCCCGCCCCUGAUCCCCAUCUCCCAGGUCUCGCCUCCCUCCCAAGUAGUGCCCCUGUCCCAGCCGGCCCCAGGCACCCCGGUGCUGUCCCCUCCCCAGAUGGUGCCGCUCUCGCCCACCCAGGUGUACUCGGUGCCCCAGGGGGCCCCCGCCCCCCAGCUGGUGUCGGUGCCCCAGGGGUCCCAGCUCAUCUCGCUCCCGCAAGUGGUGCCCACGUCGCAGGUGGUGACGCUGCAGCAGGGGGUGGGGCCGAUCCAGAUCCUGGCCAGCGCCGCCCCGCUCAAGGUGGGGGCUCCGCCGGCGGCCGGCGGGACCGUGGGGCAGGGCAACGUGCACCUCAUCAACGCCAACAUGGGCGUGACCACGCUGCAGCUGCCCGCCGGCGCGCCAGGGAACUUCCUCCUGACAAACCCAGUGCCGGGCGGCGGCACCAUCCUCACCGGCAUGACACUCCAGCAGGGCAAGCUCAUCCUGACCGCCACCUUCCCGGCCACCAUGCUCAUGUCCCCGGUGCUCUCCGCCCCCGCCGGCAGCCUGGCCCUGGCCAUCAAGCAAGAAACGGCGCCUCUAACCGGCACCAGCGCCCCCGUCCCAGGGCCCGUGAACUCCGAGGGCCCCGGGGCGGGCCAGCCGGCCUUGGCUUUUGGGGCGGACGGUGUGGCCGGCCGUCAGCCUGGCGUCCUCUCGAACUUCCCCCAGGAGGGCCUGGUGCUGUCCCCGCUGCCGCAGCCGGCAGCGUGGCCUGGCUCGCCGGGCAUGGAGAUGCAAGCGGCAGGCACCGAGGGGCUCUUCGAGAUGGAGAAGGGGGCAGUGGAGGUGCUGGAUGGCACGGAGCCGAGCGGCCUCCUGCUGCCCGAGGGCGAAGGGCUGCUGCUGGGCAGCUCAGCCAGCGACCCCCUGGAUCCCGAGGGCCUCGACUCGGACGAGAAGGUGCUGACCCAGCUUCAGUCGGUGCCCGUGGAGGAGCCCCUGGACUUGUAAGAGGCUCGGCCGGGGGUGGGGGCGUGAGAUGGGACCAGGGCUCCACCUCCUUGUGGGGGUCUUGGCUCCUCCAUGCCUUCGCUGCCCCCGGCGCCUCAGAUCCAAACUCUCAGACAUCUGUAGAGCCCUCGCCCCGGAUCCUGCUGCCAAGGGGCCCUGGCGCUGCGGGCGCCUGAAAGGCUCUGGGCAGUUGGGCGGUGCCAGAUCUGUGGCUGCAUCUGGGGGGUGCGAUGACCAAACACUACAAUUCCAAACGUGGGGAGGAAUCUGGCUGUGGCCAGGCAAGCGCCGAGCCCCCAGGAAGGGGGUGUCAGCUGUUGUGGCUUAGAGCGGGCAGGAGAAGGCAUUAAUGGGCUGCAGGAUCUCCCCCCUGCUCCUGCCCCCCCCUCCUAGAAACACUAAGCGUCUUCCCAGAGUAGGGUGUGGGAGCCGCAUGGCGCGGGGGGGGGUCUUGGUGCUAAGGGAGCAGGGUUUCUGGGGCAGCUGCUGAUCGGACCCCAGGUCCCGUCGGUCGCUGCGGGAACCACUGACUUUGUUUUCUGGUGGAGGAAAAUUCGGGGGCCUGGGUCCCUGCUCCUCUGUCCUGCCCUGGGGUUCCCCAUCGUCCGCCCUAGCCACACCCCUUGUGCGCCCUGGGGGGCAGCGAAUAGCCACACCCCCAAAUCUGCCCUCUAUGCCAGCUCCCCAUGUGUACGGGGCUGGAAGUAUCGGGGGUCACUUUUGCCCAGUCAUCUCUAAUUACUCCCCCUGAAUUUCAUGGUUCCCCCCUUCCACUCCUAGACACUACAAACCAGCUGACCUGACUUCUUUUUUACGUGAAAGAAUUUUUAUCUAUAUAUAAAAAUUAUAUAUUUUUAGAAGGAGCAAAUCCUGCUGCGUGAUUCCAGCGUGCCUGGGACCGUCACCCCGGGGCGCCUCGCCCCACCUGUAUUUAAUGGUCUCACUGUUUUUUUGAAUCGCUCUUCCAGCAGGAGGAUAAACACCCCACGAGCGGAACCUUUUAUAUUAAAAAAUAAAGUGCAUUUAACUUUUGUAAACCUUCACUACGUCGGAGCAGUGGCCACUCCUGCCUUGGCCAGCCGAGGCCGCGUUUCCCGCCAGCCUGGUGGGGUUUGUUAGAGGGGGUACGUUGGACUGGUUGAAGGCUUUGGACUCCCCGAAAUCACACUACAGAGCGACUGGAGAGCCGUGUUGGUACAGGGUCCUCUCCACACAGGAUGCCUGGGUUCCAGAUCUACCGCAGGACAGGAUCCCUCCCCCUGUGGAACAACCAGGUUCUAGAUCCACAGCAGAAUGGGACCCCCGUGUCCCAGAUCUACACCAGAUCAGAUCCCAGCCUGAUGGAGUAAUCAGGUUCUAGAUCUGUGCCAGACUGGGAUUUCUGCUCCAUGGAGUAACUGAGUUCUGGAUCCACACUGGAGUGGGAUCUGUCUGCCACCAUGAAGCUGUUGGGUUCUAGAUACACAUCAGACUGGGAUCCCUGCCCCAUGGAGUGCCCAGAUUCUAGACCUACAUUGGGAUAGAAGCUUUCCCCUGCCAUGGAAUUACUGGAUUCUAGAUCCAUGUCUCAAUGGGAACUCUGCCUCGUGGAGAAGCCAGUUUCUUGAUCCAUGGCAAUAUGAGAUCCCGUCCCCCCCAAGGAAACCCACCAGGUUCUAGAUCCACACUGGAACUGGAUCCUUCACAGUGCAACUGGAACCAGCAUCAGAAUGGGUUCCCACCCCAUGGAGCUUCCAGGGUUCUAGAUCAUCAUCUGAAUGGAUCCCAGCUUCAUGGAGCUUCCAGGUUCUAGAUCCACACUGGAACUGGAUCCUCCACAGUGCAACUGGAACCAGCAUCAGAAUGGGUUCCCACCCCAUGGAGCUUCCAGGGUUCUAGAUCAUCAUCUGAAUGGAUCCCAGCUUCAUGGAGCUUCCAGGUUCUAGAUCCACACUGGGAUGGGUUCCCUCCCCUUGGAGCAGCUGGCUUCCCUUGGACCCACCUCGGAACAAGCUGCUCUUUGUGGUUUUUCAGGCUUCAUCAUCUUCUGGGACCGGCUCCCCUGUCGGCCUCUCCUCUUCCCCAGUUCCUCAUCCUCAAAAAUCCAGAGCUUCCGUUGUGAAUCCUCAAAGUUGUCCCAACCGUGGUGCCCGUGGGCUCCUCCGGCACCCUGGCCUCCCAUGAGCCUUCUGGAUUUCUCUGGCUGUCCAAGACGAACAAACCGAGGGCGGUCAGCUCUGUCCGGCAAGCCAGAGGGGUGGCACCAGUGGUUCCUUUCCUUCCCCUCCACCCGUGCACCAUGGUUAUCUGCGGAGGGACCCAGACUGGACACUUGAAUCUUGGGGCACUGCCUCCUGUCCCACCCUCCCCCUAGCUCCGCUCACCAGGUACUAGUGCAUCUCACUAUUAUUAUUAUUUUCACCAUUUUGCUACAAUUUUUUUUUGUGAGGAACAAUCAUUUCUACCCGAGAUUCUUUUUUUAAAAGAAGCUUCUGUCAUCGUCGUCCCUGUACAUUAUUAUUGUUGGGUUUUUUUUAAACGUAGCGCUCUGCGUGUCUGUCCGUCUGUCUGUCCAUCCAUCCAUCCAUCCUGGUACUGUAUGAAAUUUGUAUAUCCAUAAAUAUAUCUAUAUUCUAUA